AUGGUUGUAGGAAGAUGGAUGUAUCUAGUUGACGGUGGUGUGACAAAGUCGAUGACUCAGACAACAACUCCAGUGGUGGCUCAUGUGAUAGCUCGGGUGGUAGAGAGGAAGGAAGGUCAGUCGAUGGAGAAGAAUAAGAAGAAAGAGAUUAAAGAACAACAAAGAUCGGGGAGGAAAACCGAUAAUGAAGUAGGGUCCAAGACCAAAAAUUCAAAAAACACAAGAAUGACAAGAUUCCCUGGUUCCCUAAAAUUUCAUAAGAUAACCACAGUUUUGUACAUCAACAAUCCAUCGAUCUUCACAUCUUCAUCAUCAUUAUCUCAGCUGAAAAUGGCUUCUUCUAAAUUCUUUCUUCUUCUUGUUUUUGGUGCUCUGGUUUGUACAUCCUUGGCUCGGAAACUGAGUUCCAAUGGCUCCAAGGGGACUCUUCGGGAUGAGAAGAACUUCUACUCUGGUGUGCUUGGUGGUGGUGGAUUCGGCGGCGGUGGUGGCGGUGGGUUAGGAGGUGGUGUUGGUGGUGGUUCUGGAUUGGGAGGUGGUUUUGGUGGGGGUGGUGGUGGAUUGGGAGGCGGGUCUGGAUUUGGAGGAGGAGCAGGUGGUGGUGUUGGAGGUGGUUCUGGGAUUGGAGGGUUAAGUGGUGGCGGCGGCGGCGGUGGCGGUGGUGGUGGUGGACUUGGAGGUGGUUCUGGUGGAGGAUUUGGUGCUGGUUCCGGUGGAGGUUUUGGUGGUGGAUUGCCUUGA